CCCAUACGCAGGCAAAUGGGCUAUGUGAGCUUUUGUUUGGCUGAUGUUUGGAUUUCCCGCCAGUUGCUUCACGCAAAACGUGUGGUUUCAAAUGGGCAGUAUGAGAUUUUCCCCAUCGGAAAAAUAUCUUCUCAAAGUCUCUACGUUCUUCCAUUUCCCCUCUUUCUUCUUCCACAAUCCCUUCGAUUUCUGUGCUGCAUUUCAAUGUCUUCUUCCAUAACUCUUCCUCUCAAUCCUUCUCUUCUUCUCACUCCUCGCGCCCUCUCUCUCUCAGUUUUCUCAUCUCUCAAGCUCUCAUCAUCUCGUUCUCUUUCCAGUUCCCUCAUUUGUCGUUCUCUCAAUCCUGCUAGCAACGACCGCGAAGAGCUCCGAUGGAUACGCGAGGAGCAGCGCUGGUUUCGCGAAGAGGAGCGGUGGAUCCGCGAAGAGCAGCGUUGGGCCAGAGAACGCCAGUUGCUUCUGCAGGAAAUUGCUGAACUUAAGCUGCAAAUUCAAGCGUUAGAACGCCGAAAUUCCGUUCAAGGAGGAACAAUUUCGGUAUCGGAAACUAUUGCGAAUAUCGCUGGCCUGUUGCAGGUCUUGAAAGAGAAGAAUCUGAUCGCCGAGAGCGGACCGACAGUGAGUCGCAUUUUGUUGGAUGAGAGUAGUCGUGAAGAGGAUGUGGAGAUAGAAAAGAAGACGAUUGUUGAAGAAGUCGUCAAGUUUUCCGAAGAAAGUAAGGCGGAGAAAGAGGUGAAGAAGGAGAGAAAGUCUUUGAGAGUUGGUUCAGAAGGAGCGGAAGUCCUAGCGAUGCAGGAAGCAUUGCUGGGGCUAGGAUUUUACUGCGGUGAAGAAGACAUGGAAUUUUCAAGUUUCUCCAGUGGAACUGAGCGUGCUGUUAAGACUUGGCAGUCCGCUUCAGGUUUCCGUGAAGAUGGUAUAAUGACUACAGAGCUUCUUGAGAUUUUAUUCAAGGAGAAAGUAACUGAGAGUGUUGGAUCAGAUGCCAAAACAGAUGAAAAAGGGAAUAUUCCAACAGAUCAGAGAGGAAGUGAAAAUGGAACUGUUAUUAAUUCAAUAACUGAAAUACAAGAGAUUCAGAAGACAAUAGUAAAAGAAGGUAGUGCAGGUCUUGAUCUUUCCGAACAGCGAGUUUUUCUCAUAGGAGAGAACCGAUGGGAAGACCCCACACGACUUCAUAGUUCUAAUGGAAAAGCUUCUGAUGGAAAAACCAAAGUCAUAUCUACCAAUUGUCUGACUUGUCGUGGGGAGGGUCGUCUGUUAUGCACAGAAUGCGAUGGGACCGGUGAGCCAAAUAUUGAACCACAGUUUCUGGAAUGGGUAGAUGAAGGAAUGAAAUGUCCAUAUUGCGAAGGCGUUGGAUAUAUAACAUGCGACGUAUGCGAAGGGAAGACAGUGGCAUAGGUUUGUUUUCAAUUUGCUACCUGCUUCAAUCCGCCUAGUAAUACUUCGCAUCGUUACAAACUCCUCUGCAGCAGAUGGGUGUAUUCCAACCUGUUUCAAGUUCGGACGUUCUAAAAAUGAGUAUAGAUGGUUUCUGGAAAAUCAAAAAUUUAACUUGACAAUGCUUUUGUGCAUGUAGUUAUUAGUCAAGAGCAUUUGGAAUGGCAUUCAAGUGAAUAUAUAUACACAUACAUAUACAUAUACCUUGGCAA